CACCAUAUUCACAGUUAACACUCCUUCCAACAAAUUAGAUUCCACACGAUGCAUACAUACCUCUUAUAUAAUAUUUUAUAUAUAACAACAAUCAUCAAACACCAAGAUUGAUGAAAAAGGGAUUUUUAGUUUCAUACUCAAAAACACCCUUCAAAUUUCUCUCAAAUCUUUUCAGAAAAUGGUGGGUUCUGUCAUCCCUAUUCAAUCGGAAAACGGCAAACACCCACAAGAUUCAGGCCACUCCAGAUUAAACGAACUGGGAUACAAGCAAGAACUCAAGCGUGAUCUCUCGGUGUUGUCAAAUUUUGCGUUUUCCUUUUCGAUUAUAUCGGUGCUUACAGGUAUAACCACACUAUACAAUAGUGGUCUGAGAUUUGGUGGACCUGUUGUGUUAGUUUAUGGAUGGCUAGUUGCUGGUGUCUUCACCAUGGCAGUUGGUUUGUCUAUGGCUGAAAUCUGUUCUUCUUACCCAACUUCUGGUGGACUCUAUUAUUGGAGUGCCAGACUUGCUGGCCGUAGUUGGGCACCCUUUGCUUCUUGGAUAACCGGCUGGUACAACAUUGUAGGCCAGUGGGCUGUGACGACGAGCGUCAACUUUUCACUCGCUCAGUUGAUUCAAGUGAUAAUUCUUCUCAGCACCGGUGGCAAGAACGGAGGCGGCUAUCAGGCGUCUAAAUACAUAGUUCUUGCCAUUCACGGUGGUAUUCUUCUUGUACAUGCUAUCAUAAACAGCCUCCCAAUCUCGUGGCUAUCCUUCUUUGGACAAGUUGCGGCCGCCUGGAAUAUUCUUGGCGUCUUUUUUCUAAUGAUUUGCAUACCCGUGGUUGCAAAAGAAAGGGCUAGUGCCGAGUUUGUUUUUACGCAUUUUAAUACAGAUAACGAUGCGGGAAUCAACAGUAAACCGUACAUAUUUCUUAUCGGAUUGCUUAUGAGCCAGUAUACGUUAACAGGGUAUGAUGCCUCAGCUCAUAUGUCAGAGGAAACCAAGAGUGCAGAUAUAAACGGGCCGAAAGGAAUCAUUAGUUCUAUUGGGAUAUCUAUAAUUGUUGGAUGGGGUUAUUUGCUUGGUAUAACGUUUACGGUUACUGAUAUCCCAGCUCUUUUGAGCCUGGAUAACGAUGCUGGCGGAUACGCCAUUGCUGAGAUUUUUUACCAAGCUUUUAAGAGUCGAUUCGGGAGUGGUACUGGAGGUAUCAUUUGCUUGCUAGUCGUGGCUGUCGCCAUUUUUUUCUGUGGCAUGAGCUCGCUCACAAGCAAUUCUAGGAUGGUGUAUGCGUUUUCAAGAGAUGGAGCCAUGCCUUUGUCGUCACUAUGGCAUAAAGUUAACGACCAUGAAGUCCCUAUUUAUGCUGUUUGGCUCUCGGCUCUGAUAGCAUUCUGCAUGGCCCUUACGUCUCUAGGAAGCAUAGUGGCAUUUCAAGCCAUGACAUCAAUAGCCGUGAUCGGGUUGUAUAUUGCCUACGCGUUACCAAUAUUCUUUAGGGUCACCUUGGCUCGUAACUCCUUCAUACCUGGACCUUUCAAUUUAGGCCGGUAUGGUGUCGCUAUUGGUUGGAUAUCGGUCCUUUGGGUCAUGACCAUUUCAGUGCUAUUCUCUUUACCCGUAGCGUACCCAGUUACUGAUCAAACUCUCAACUAUACGCCGGUGGCAGUUGGUGGUCUUUUCAUUAUCGUCGUAUCGUAUUGGAUAGUGAGCGCACGACACUGGUUUAAAGGGCCUGUAACAAACGUUGGUACCGAUAACACUGUAUGAGUAUGUUGGUUUGUUGAUGUUAUUGAUAUUUGUAUAUGAAGCUUUUUCUAUGAUAUUAGAAAUUAUAUUCAUGUAGGAAUAUGAGUAAUGAAAAUUGUUUCUAUUAAUUAGUUGAUAUAAAUAAGUGUGUGAUAUAGGUUCAAUUUGUACACCCUUCUUACU